AACAGUCAAUAAGAAUCAAUAACGGUCAACAACAAGUCAAUAACCAUCAAGGACCGUCAGUAACGGGUCAGUAACCAUCAAUAACGGUCACUAAACAUCAACAACGGUCAGCAAUGGGUCAAUAACGGACAAUAACCGCCAAUAACCGUCAGUAACGGAUCAAUAACGGUCAAUAACUGCCAAUAACCGUCAGUAACGGACAAUAAGGAUCAAUAACCGUCAAUAACGGUCAAGAACAAUCAAUAACCAUCAGCAACUGGACAAUAACGAUCAGCAACGGAUCAAUAACGGCCAAUAACCAUCAGUAACGGUCAAUAACCGUUAAUAACCGUUAAUAACGGUCACUAACGGUAAAUAACCGUGAACAAGAGUCAAUAACGGGUCAGUUACGGACAAUAGCGGUCAGCAACGGGUCAUAAACCAUCAAGGGCCGUCAAUAACUCAACAACGGCUCACUACCCGUCAAAAACCGUCAGCAGCGGUCAAUAACUCAACAACCACCACUAACGGGUCACAGUCUGUCAACAACGUUCAACAAGGGGUCGCUAGCGGUCAGCAAUGGUCAAUACAUUUCGUUGUCUCUACUGUAUACUGACAAUGACAAUUAAAAUUGAAUCUGAAUCUGAAUAACGGUCAACAACGGGUCAGUAGCCGUCAGUAACCAUCAGCAACAGUCAAUAACCAACGACAGCCGCCAUCAACGGGUCACAAUCCAUCAAAAACCAUCAACAGAAGUCAACAACCAUCAGCAACCGUCAAUAACCGCCAAUAGUCAACAAUCAUCAACAUCAGCCACGAACCAUCAACAUCAGCCAGUCACAAACCAUCAACGCCAGUGACAAACCAUCAACGCCAGUGACAAACCAUCAACGCCAGUCACAAACCAUCAACGCCAGUGACAAACCAUCAACGCCAGUCACAAACCAUCAACGCCAGUGACAAACCAUCAACGCCAGUCACAAACCAUCAACGCCAGUCACAAACCAUCAACGACCGUCAAUAACCGCCAAUAGUCAACAAUCAUCAACAUCAGUCACAAACCAUCAGCGACCGUCACAAACCCUCAACGCCAGUGACAAACCAUCAACGCCAGUGACAAACCAUCAACGCCAGUCACAAACCAUCAACGCCAGUCACAAACCAUCAACGCCACUCACAAACCAUCAACGCCAGUCACAAACCAUCAGCGCCAGUCACAAACCAUCAACGCCAGUCACAAACCAUCAACGCCAGUCACAAACCAUCAACGCCAGUCACAAACCAUCAACGCCAGUGACAAACCAUCAGCGACCGUCAACAACCAACAACUCAACUGCUCUGGCAAACCGCUCUGUUGCCGUGGCUCGAUGUUGCUGUUUCGGAUGGAGUCCUCGAUGGAUUUUGGAGCCAAGGAAGAACCUUCUCUCCCUCCCGUCUCGCGCCCCACUCGCGCCUCUCGCCCACCCCCGUGCCACUCGAUAUGCCCGCCAUCCGGCGCUCAGCCCUGCCCGGAAUGCGGGGAGCGUUUCCCCGAGCAGCGUUUGCUCUGGCGCCACCGCCGGCUCGUCCACGCUCCCCGUCCUCACCCGUGCCCGACUUGCCCCCGCUCCUUCACCUACCCGUCCCAGCUGGACGCUCACCGGCGCGCCCACAGCGGCGAAAAGCCCUGCCCGUGCCCACGUUGCGGCAAGCCCUUCGCCUCCUCCUCCGCGCUGCGCCGGCACGUGCUGGUCCACACGGGGGAGCGCCCUCACCCCUGCCCGCGCUGCCCGCAAGCCUUCGCCCAGCGCUCCCACCUCAACGCCCAUCUCCGCACGCACAGCCGCCCGUCCCGCUGCCUGACCUGCGGGCUGGACUUCCCCGGGCCGUCCGAACUCCGCGCUCACCGCCGCUCACACCGGCGGGCACGACGGCGCUCCGGCGUCCCAUGCCCGCAUCAGAGUUUCACCGACGACGGCCCCUUCAUCUGUUCCCGUUGCGGCCGUGGCUUCCGGCAGUUCUCCUCGCUCGGCGCCCACCAAUGCUCCGACGGGGACGAUGAUACUGAGGGCGACUGCCCGCUCUGUCCGCCGUCCAGUCCCCGCCACUGCUGCCCGUUCUGCCCACGCCACUUCCGCUACCCGUCCCGCCUGGCGCUCCACCAGCGCACGCACACCGGCGUGCGGCCCUUCCUGUGCGUGACGUGCGGGAAACGCUUCGCCGUGUCGUCCGCUCUGCUCCGCCACCGGCUGAUACACGCCGGCGAGCGCCCGUACAAAUGCGGGGAGUGCGAUCGCAGCUUCACGCAGUCGUCCCACCUCAAGACCCACCGUCGGGUGCACCGGGACGGCGGGCACGCGUGCCCCGUGUGCGGGCUCACCUUCCAGGCCGCCGGUGGGCUGGCACGCCACAGACGCUCCCAUCGCGAGAUCCUGCCGACUACGCCAACCUCAGAACACCGCUGCUCCGUCUGCGGCAAGAGUUACCGCCUGCCAUCGCAGCUCAAACACCACCAGCGGCUACACCGGGCUCCCGGGCCCCCAACGACACCGAGGCCGGCCCCCACUCCGCACCGCUGCCACAUCUGCCAAAAGACCUCCUCGGACACACAGCUACGGCCUAUCAUUGCCAUCCAGUCGGAAAUGGGUCAGUUUAUCGUCAG